AGCGCCUAGCGCAGGUGCCUGGUGCGUGUCAGGAGCGAGGGAGCCGGGGGCUGCGCCAGGGAAGGAGGGAUGGGGCGCGUGGAGGGGAGGCAGCCGGGGCCAGGGACGAGGGCAUGAAAAGGGGCAGCUGGAGGAUCCUUUGCACCGGCCAGGGGCUCUGCAAUGAAUGGGCUCCAGCAAGAAGGGCACUUUUGAGAUAGGAUGAUGCUCCUUAUUGAUGGUCGGUAGUACUAUGAUUUGGUAUGUGGCCACUUUGAUAGCAAGUGUAAUCACCACCAGAGGACUUGCAGCUCAAGCUGCCCACGGCUCAAGGGAGGAACCCGAGUUUGUGACCGCUCGUGCUGGCGAGAGCGUGAUCCUGGGAUGCGACGUGAUCCAUCCGCUGACCGGGCAGCCCCCUCCCUAUGUGGUGGAGUGGUUCAAAUUCGGAGUCCCCAUUCCCAUCUUCAUCAAGUUUGGGUUUUACCCUCCCCAUGUGGACCCAGAGUAUGCAGGCCGCGCCAGCCUUCAUGACAAGGCGUCCCUGCGCAUCGAGCAGAUUCGCUCCGAGGACCAGGGCUGGUACGAGUGCAAAGUGCUUAUGCUGGAUCAGCAGUACGACACCUUCCACAACGGCAGCUGGGUGCACCUCACGGUCAAUGCUCCCCCCACCUUCACGGAAACGCCCCCCCAGUAUGUAGAAGCAAAGGAGGGCAGCAGUAUCACCCUGACCUGCAUGGCUUUCGGGAACCCCAAACCAAUUGUCACCUGGCUGAGAGAAGGGGACCUCUUAGGUGCCAGUGGGAAAUACCAGGUGAGCGAUGGGAGUCUGACUGUCGUGUCCGUCAGUCGGGAAGACAGAGGCGCGUACACCUGCCGGGCUUACAGCAUCCAAGGGGAGGCUGUGCACACCACUCGCCUGCUCGUACAAGGACCCCCGUUCAUCGUUUCCCCUCCAGAGAACAUCACCGUCAACAUCUCCCAGGAUGCCCUGUUCACCUGCCAGGCCGAGGCAUAUCCAGGGAACAUGACCUACACCUGGUACUGGGAGGAGGAGAACGUCUACUUCAAGAAUGACCUGAAACUGAGGGUCCGGAUCCUGAUUGAUGGGACGCUGAUCAUCUUCCGUGUCAAACCAGACGAUGCUGGGAAAUACACUUGCAUUCCUAGCAACAGCCUUGGCCGCUCACCAUCGGCCUCCGCCUACCUGACAGUGCAGUAUCCCGCCCGUGUGGUGAACAUGCCACCCAUCCUGUAUGUUCCCAUUGGGAUACACGGCUACAUCCGCUGUCCGGUGGAGGCGGAACCGCCGGUCACCUUCGUCAAGUGGAACAAAGACGGACGCCCCCUGCGAGUCGAAAAGUAUUCUGGCUGGAACCUGCUGGAAGACGGGUCAAUCCGAAUAGAGGAGGUAACAGAGGAAGCUCUCGGCACUUAUACCUGUGUGCCUUAUAACGCCCUGGGUACGAUGGGCCAGUCCCCUGCUGCCCGACUGGUACUGAAGGACCCACCCUAUUUCACGGUGCUACCAGGCUGGGAGUACAGACAAGAGGCAGGGAGGGAGCUGUUGAUCCCUUGUGCUGCUGCGGGAGACCCCUUUCCUGUCAUCGCCUGGAGAAAGGUAGGGAAGCCCAGUAGAAGCAAGCACAACACCCUUCCAGGUGGCACCCUGCAGUUCCGAUCCCUCAGCAAGGACGACCAUGGGGAGUGGGAGUGCGUCGCUACCAACGUGGUCGCAAGCAUUACUGCCAGCACUCACCUUACAGUCAUAGGCACAAGCCCUCAUGCCCCGUGUAGUGUGCAUGUCGUGGUCUCCAUGACCUCUGCCAACGUCUCCUGGGAGCCUGGCUAUGACGGUGGAUACGAGCAGACAUUCUCAGUUUGGUAUGGCCCUCUGACGAAGAGAGCACAGUUUGGACCCCAUGACUGGCUGUCUCUUCCGGUACCAAUUGGUCCUAGUUGGCUGCUGGUGGACACCCUGGAACCAGAGACCGCCUACCAGUUCAGUGUCUUGGCUCAAAACAAACUGGGUACGAGCGCCUUCAGUGAGGUGGUCACUGUGAACACGCUCGCAUUCCCUGUAACAACUCCAGAACCCCUGGUGCUGGUUACCCCACCGAGGUGCCUAACAGCCAAUCGGACGCAGCAAGGAGUCCUGUUGUCGUGGCUUCCUCCAGCCAAUCACAGCUUUCCAAUUGACCAUUACAUCAUGGAGUUCCGCGUAGGGGAGAGGUGGGAGAUCUUGGACGAUGCUAUCUUGGGGAGUGACAGUGACUUUUUUGCCAAGGAUUUGUCUCAGGACACCUGGUAUGAGUUCCGAGUUCUGGCUGUCAUGCAGGACCUCAUCAGUGAGCCUAGUAACAUUGCAGGUGUCUCCAGUACAGACAUCUUCCCCCCGCCCGACCUGACGGACGAUGGUUUGGCCCGACCCGUGCUGGCGGGCAUUGUUGCCACCAUCUGCUUUCUGGCUGCUGCCAUCCUCUUCAGCACACUAACUGCCUGCUUUGUCAACAAACAACGCAAACGCAAGCUCAAGCGCAAGAAAGACCCUCCUCUCUCGAUAACCCACUGCAGGAAGAGUCUGGAGUCUCCGUUGUCUUCCGGUAAAGUGAGUCCCGAGAGCAUCCGCACGCUCCGCCCCCCCUCGGAGUCCUCUGAUGACCAAGGCCAACAAGGCAAGCGUAUGUUGAGCCCCAGCAAGGAGAAGGAGUUGUCCCUUUACAAGAAGACCAAGAGGGCCAUUAGCAGCAAGAAGUACAGUGUCUCCAAGGCUGAGGCUGAAGCCGAGGCUACUACCCCCAUUGAGCUCAUCAGCCGUGGGCCUGAUGGCCGCUUUGUCAUGGACCCCUCAGAGAUGGAGCCCUCACUCAAGACCCGCCGGAUAGAGGGCUUCCCCUUUGUGGAGGAGACAGACAUGUACCCUGAGUUUCGCCAGUCAGAUGAAGAGAAUGACGACCCCAUUGUGCCCUCCUCUGUGACAGCCCUCAAAUCUCAGCUGACCCCUCUCUCUUCCAGCCAGGAAUCCUACCUUCAGCCACCAGCAUACAGCCCCAGAUUCCACAGGGGCUUAGAGGGCACAGGUGCUCUGGAGAGCCGCCUGCAGGCCACUGGUCAGGCCAGACCUCCAGCUCCAAGGCCUUUCCACCACAGCCAAUUUUAUGGUUACCUCAGCAGCAGCAGUCCUGGAGAGAUGGACCCUCCGCCCUUCUACAUGCCAGAGGUCAGCCCUCUCAGCUCUGUCAUGUCCUCCCCUCCUCUGCACCCUGAGGGGCCCUUUGGACACCCUACCAUCCCAGAGGAGAAUGGAGAAAAUGCUUCCAACAGCACGUUGCCCCUGACCCAGACGCCAACAGGGGGACGGUCUCCUGAGCCAUGGGGCAGGGCUGAGUUCCCUUUCAGCAGCCUGGAGGCUUCUCCCAUGAUAUUUCCUCAACAGCUCCACCAGUGCGAGGUGACAGAGUGUGUGCAGCUGACGGCCUGUCUUCCUAGGGGCCCGCCCCCUUCCUCCCUCCAGGUCCCUGCAUCCUACCCUGGCAUUCUGCCCCUGGAGGCACCAAAGAGUUGGACUGGCAAGCCACCUGGCAGAAGCCAACCCUCUGUGCCCACCACCACCAAAUGGCAGGACAAACCUAUGCAACCUAUGGCGAGUCAAGGGCAGCUAAGACAUACCAGUCAAGGUAUGGGCAUACCCGUGUUGCCUUACCAUGAACCGUCCGAGUCAGUCAGCCACAGUGGCACAAGCACAUUUGGCCUGGACACCAGGUGGUAUGAGCCCCAACCCAGACCUCGGCCUAGCCCUCGGCAAGUCAGGAGGGCUGAGCCCAGUUUACAUCAGGUGGUGCUACAACCUUCGAGGCUUUCCCCUCUGACCCAAAGCCCCCUCAGCUCCCGCAACAGCUCCCCGGAGCUGACUGCACGUGCCAGACCGCGACCGGGUCUCAUCCAGCAAGCGGAGAUGUCGGAGAUCACCCUGCAGCCCCCCGCAGCAGUCAGCUUCUCUUGCAAGUCCACCCCGUCGACCGGCUCCCCGGCUCAAAGCAGCAGGGGGGAAAGCCCCAGCUACCGACCUGCCGUGGCCUUCACCUCUUUGGCCACUGGCUACCCCUCCUCUCAGUGCCCCUCCCUUCCCGGGGACAGUAUGGAUGUCUUUGGACAAAUUCCCUCUCCAAGGAGGGCUGGAGAGGAGAUUCUCAGACCUGAGCCAACACCGACAACAUUAUCCACUUCGGGAGAACGUCCAUCUCCAUCCCGGAACGCUGCUGCACCUGAGAGGCUCGAAGCUCUGAAAUACCAGCGGAUAAAGAAGCCCAAAAAGUCAUCCAAGGGCUCCUCAAAAUCCAGAAAACAAUCCAAUGGUUCUGCCUCCCAGGUUCAGCACCUUCCCAACUCUCAGGUACUGUCGCCUGACGAAGCGGUCUCCCUCCGCAAAAAGAAGAGACACUCUCGUCAGGAUCCCUUCGCUCGCCUCUCCGCAUUGAAGGAUGACCUUUGCCACCGGCAGCUCCCUGAGGACCAGACAGCUAUUCUCAACAGCGUGGACCACGAUGAUUCUGGCGGGCAUGCCACCUUACUUUAGCGUAGCACCAGCCAGCGAAGGUUCAAAGGUGGGGGGGGAGGAGGGAGAGGAGAUCUCAUGAGCUACAGACGCGUGUGGGGAGAGAUGGGGUGUGAGCGUCAGCCUGGGUUCUCAUACCAACAAGCUGAAUGUGCAAAAGCGAUCGUAUUUCACUGGGUGCACACAGUCUGUUUGGUAUCACAUCCAGGAAACCCAGCAUCCAGUCUUUGCCCACUGGGAGAGGCUCUCCCUUUCAUAGGACACCUUCCAUUUAGUGCGGGUCGUGGGGUGGGGUGGGAGGGAGGAAUAUCCUAAAUUAGAGGGAUGGAGGGAAAAAUACCCUAGCCUCACCCACCCCCUGCCAUUUGGAACAGGAAAAGGUGAGAUUGGGGCUUGCAGGGCUCAGAGUGAGAGGGAUUCAAACUUAGUGUUGUCAUAAGAGUCUGUUGUUCCUCGAAUCCCCCUCUCUCUGCUACGGCUUCAAUUUUAUGAGUGCUGGAAGAAGGAUGAGAUUUUACAUCUUGGUUUCCAAAAGUUAUGUAUAGAUUUAAAAAAAAAAAUCAUAGAUGCAGUUUGCAGUGUAUAUUUAUACAGUGUGUAUUUAGGUAGGAACAUGGAAGUAAGCAAAUGGCCUGAACUCACAGGAAUCAUUUGGAUUCCACAGAAAACAAUGAAAUGACACACAACAAUCCAGAUUGGAACCGAUGACCCAGUUAAUCUGAUUAUUUUAGAAUAAUGCAUUACAAAAUUAUCCCAGAAAACUUUACCCGUGCAAAAUCUCAUUGCCUCUCCAACUUUUGGCCCAAGGAUGAUGGAUAACAAAAACACAAAUUAUAUUUUACUUCCGUCCAAAACCCUCCCCCAAAACUCCAGGAUAAGUAGAUGUGUGAAAUCUUGCAAGGUCACACACAAGCGCACUUUCAAAACUUGUUAAUUUUAAGGUAACAUCUCUUUGCAAACCUGCAAGGAUGGGGGUGGAGGGCGGAAUUUAAAUCCGAGGAUCUUCAGUCUCAAACGAGGCUUUUGUCAAUGUUGAGGAGGGGGUUUAGAUUGUCAAUUUAUUGUUAUUCUUAGUGAUGUUCCGUAGUUCACUUUGUAAGAUUAAUGAAGUCUUCGAAUACAAGAGCUCACGACUGGAGUGUUUACGGUCUUUAAGCUUUGCUGCCGAGUGAGGAGAGAGCUCGGACUUUUUUUCUGCGUGGAAUGUGAAUGGAAAUGGUUCUGCUGGCGCACCCCACCAAAAAGCCCUGGCUGGGAUGAUUUAGUUGGGGAUUGGUCCUGCUUUGAGCAGGGGAUUGGACUAGAUGACCUCCUGAAGUCCCUUCCAACCCUGAUAUUCUGUGAUUCUAUGAACUUCAGUCUGCAUCUUCCAAUCUGUUGCCCCACUGAUGGAUGUGAACCAGGCAAACACAACAACGCCUGAGAAAAGGCUUUUGGAAGGUAACUUUUGGUCCCCGGAGCUGAAUAAUUGCUUCUAGCUGCAAGCAGUAGAAACAAAUUCCGUCACCUUGCAUCAAUUCUAAAUAUGUUGCUGAUAUGUCCCCUCCCCUGUUCCACCUCCGCCCCAGUUUUAGAAUGAAUGUGAUGCAUUGGGUUUUAACACUCCCAGGAUUCAGUCUGAGGAGUUACGUGGUCAUCCUUUUACCAAUGCCAUUCCAGCUCUUCGCCAGAGUGUAUUUUUGAUUCAGAUUAGUUGAAGACCGAUUCACAUGUCCAUCAGUUUCUCUCUGGAUUGCAUAGGUCUAUAUACGAGCGGCAGCUCUGGUGUAGUGAAUGGAAUGUGAGGCUAGGAGUCAGGAUCCCUGCGGUGUCUUCCUGGUUCUGCCACUGACUCAUUGUGUGGCCUUGGGCAAGUCACUUAACCACUCUGUGCCUCAGGUUCCUCAUCUGUAAAAUGGAGAUAAUGAUACUUAAGCUCCUUUGUAAAGCACCUAGAACUCUACAGAUGGAAAGUGCUAUAUAAAUGCUAGGUAUUAUUAUAUUCCAAUAUUGAAAAAUAUUUAGAUACUUUCUAAGUGGCAAGAUCAAACAGUGCAUCCAGGUCUUUGUGUAUUUCAUCCCUUGUGCUGGAGUGUGAAGAUGGUAGCCUGCCUGGGAAUAAAACAGUUACGCUUUUGAAAGUAUUUCAUGUGGGUGUGUUUUUGCUUUAAGUGAAUUCAGGAUGUAGAAACAGUCUCAGGUGAAUCCUGGGAGGACCUAGGUACUUCUUUGCACAGAAUCUCCACAGCCCAGGCCUUUCACUUGCAUACUUCCCAAGGUGGGUGGGUGUGUGUGUGUGUCUGUGUUUGGUUUUUUAAGUGGGAUGGCCACAACACUUUCACCAGUCUUGCUGUGGUGAACACGUGCUUUGACUAUUAUACUUGCUAAUGGUUGAACCUCAAAGGGCUCAGUGGCUGGACGAGGCAUCCAAGAGUUUCAGAUGCUUUGUAAAAAUGAACAGUUUAGAUCAAGCAAUAUCAGUGAGUCAAGUGGCUGGGUGAAAUUUAAAAAUUUCACCAAGAAGUAUCCCAGGAAGACUUUUAUGAAGGUUUUUGUUUCCAGUCGCAUCAGAUGUUCAGAAACCACAAUAAUAAUAAAAAUGGGUAAACUCUUUCAAACAUCAAAAUUCUGAUUAGGCUCCAACCACAUCAGAGAGAGCUCUGUGAUAAACAGUGGUAUUUUUUUCCAACUUAAAGGAUUCCAUCCAACAGGAGACAGAUUUGCUCACAAGGGAGAGGAGGAUACUCUGCGUAAAAUCUGAAUCUCGAGCAGGGAUUGGGGCAUUUUGGCAAGCAUACCGUUGAUGGCCCUGGCUAGGUGAGAAACCAACUUUGCCUGUGGCCCGAAUGAGUAUUUCUUUCUGUACUUUUAAGGAUUGCCCUAGGCUCCACUAGGACCUGGAUUGGAUUUCAUGUCACUUGCACACUGGGUGUAAAAACUGAGCCCAUAUGACAUCAGCUCACAGAUGUUAGUGCCAGAUUGAAAAACAGAAACUGAUUUCUAGCCCUGGUCCAACAGGCCAGCUGUUUUUUUAAAAAAGACGUUUUCUCAACGGGGAAGGAAGCAGUUAGCAGUAGGUACCGUCUCAAAAUUUUCCAGGAACCUCUGCCUUCAAGGUUCCCAAUCUGUGGGUGUGUCCUCACGUACGCUAAUGUCACAAGACUCUGGACCCCCUCCCGUCUGUGGCACAGAGGUAGGCUGUUUUACUACUGCUUCCAAUCUCUAGGUGAAAUUGGUCCCUGUGCAGAGGGGGUAGCACAAUGUCUACGCACCACUUAAGUCUCUCUGAAGCUCUAUUUUGAUGAGGUGCAUAGGCCUUCUGCUGACUCUCUGUACAGGGCAAACUUCACUUCACUUUCAAAGACCCUUCUUUCUUCUGCUCUUGCUUUGUAACCGUCCAUGCAGGAUGUUUACUUUUUGAGCAUUUUCUGGGCUAUUCGUGAUAGCUCUUCAUAUUAACAGGGCAGUAUCUUGGGUCUCUUGGGAUGACUGUCUCCUCAAGGCCCUCUCACUGUCCUGAUGUACGUAGCCCUAGAGGACUUAGAUGCAGGGCCGACUGGCAGAAUAUGUCAGCUCACUUGGUCCGUCUUCUACAGGUUUGUUUCUUUUGCAGACACUUUGAGCAGAGAGCCCCCUGCUUUCCAGGGCCUUCAACCGUUAGCGACUGGAGCUGCCGCCCUCUCUGUCUCUUUCAGCUCUGUGAGCCAUAUAGAACCCAGGAAAGGGAAAUCCAGCCUCUUAGAAGCCUCUGUGAGCCUCUUAGAAGCAUCUUUCCUUUUUCAAACUAUUCUUCAGCCUUUACAGCUGCCUCCUCCCCAUCUCCUUUACCUUAGUUACUGUUGUGGUUCAUGUUUGGGGAAGAGGGAGAUGCCGGGCACGAAGGGAGAAAAUAUUGGCUCCCUUCAACCAUAGCAAAUGUGGCCUGUGUUCCGGCAAACGGCCUCUCCCCUCAUUGUGGAAACUGCUUUCACAACCGUCUGGCUUUGAUGGCCUUCACAAGCGGGUUUUCUUUUCACCUUGGCAACCUGGGACAUUUGAGCUGUGCCAAAGGAUGCCAAGCCUUCUCCCGUUUCCGCCCCGUUGAAAACCUUUUGCCUUUUUCUUGGUCAGCUGCAAACACAGCUUUUUAUUUAACCUGGCAGAAAAAUUCCUGGGUCGAAUCCCCUUUUUGUAAAGCUGUCCUGGCUGGAAAUUUUUGCUGUUUCAUUAGCAAAAUUAUGGCCACUCCCCAUGGAAAUACAGCCCUUUUUAUUGGUUUCCCUGGAAAUCCCAGGCAACACCAGAAAACCCACUUUCACGGGACCUGUGGGGCACCACCAACAGCAGGAAUGUUUUUCAUCUGGCUCCACCGAGCGCUCCUGCUUUGUCAAGCAUGUAAAUACCACAAGAUCAUAACAUCAAAUCCAUCGAUGCUUGCACCUUUUUGGGAAGUUGGUUUUCCUGCUGCGUAGAAUAUUUCUGUGUAAGAAUUCUCCCCAUCGCAAUCCUUCAGCUCCUUUUCCACAUCAUCUCAGUUGCCAGAUGUUUUUACAAGACAACUUUUCCUGUUGCAGCUAGGUGUGGUGGUUUGAGGACAUGGGCAGCAAUGUGGGGGGGGUGGGAGUGCAGGUGCGUUGCUAUAAUUUCUGCAGCUCAACAGUGAAGUGGUACCUCAGAUGUAUACUGUGAGUAUCAGCCGUGGACGUACAAAAUCAACUGACUGAAGCAGAAAAAGUUUGAUGGACUUGAAAAGUAGUAUUUAAAUCUGACUAUACCCUAGACUUCCUUUUAAAACUGAGGGAGGGAGGAGCCAAGCAGAACUUCCUCCCUCACUAUAUUUUGUUCAGCAAAUGUAUAUUGUCUCCCAGGAUUGCCCCUGGAUGCCCUGAUGUAAAAGUUUUCUCUGCAAAGGGCUAGUUGUUGCACUCUGAGAAAAGAGGAGAACUGACUAAACUGCGCUGUCAAAGUUUGGAGGGUUCCCCUGACCUCCUCAGAGCGCAGGCUUUGUAUGGCAUUCCAGCUAGCCCUGCAGAUUUGUUUUGAAAAAAUUAGGCCCAACCCUUUGAAACUCAGAUUUGCCUUGCAAAUCUAUUCGUUGUUCAGAACGUCUUAGGUUUAUAAGCAACGUGUACUGGUGUGAGGAGGGAGACUUAGUAAGUGGAUUUGGGGGUUAAUACCUGCAUGUAAAGUAGGCACUUGAAGAAAAAUGAUUUUGCAGUUAAGGUACCGGACUGGAAUUCAAGAGACCUGGCUUCCGUUCCCAGCUCUGCCAUCGACUGUGAGAGCUUGAGUGAGUGACUUAAUGUCUUUGUGCCUCAGUUUCCCCUGCCUGUAAAAUAAAGUAGGAUUGUUAUCCCAAUCUCAAGGAGGAGCGAUGAGGCUUAGUUAUUAAUAAAAAGAAAAGGAGUACUUGUGGCACCUUAGAGACUAACCAAUUUAUUUGAGCAUAGUCUCUAAGGUGCCACAAGUACUCCUUUUCUUUUUGCGAAUACAGACUAACACGGCUGUUCCUCUGAAACCUUAGUUAUUAAUGUUUGUUUUAUGAUUUGAGACCUUCAGAUGGAAAAGGCUAUGACCUGUGUGGUCAUGUUAUGUAUAGAUACCAUGGUAUCUGGAGGCUAUUAUAAAUUCACAGGAUAGAAGUGCAGUGUAUUUCUUCUCAGAUGUCUAAAUAUGCUUUGUGAGUGCUGACCUAUACCAGUCAGAUGCUGCCCCCAGAUGCAGAAUUGAGCACCUUGUCUUUAACUCCCAGAUUUCUUGGCUCUUCUUUUCACUAAUCCAGGAAGUCCUGGUGGUGGGAAUCCAUGAUAACUUUUCCAGUGUAUGGAGUUUGCUACCUGAACAGCAGCUGGAAUACCUCCUUGGUCACUUACUUCCAUUCUCCUGUUGUGAGUUUUGAAGGCUGUUCUCAGUAUGUUGAAGGCGCUAUGUCUGCUUGUGGUGUCUCAGUUUAUCUCCACGGCACUGGACUGUGAUUCAGCCGUACUUUCAGGGAGAAUUGGAGACGACGAUCCUGUUUCUCGUUUGGUGUGGAGGAAAAGCUGAGUCAGACAUGCAUGCAAAUCGCAGGGAGUUGUGUGGUGAUAGCUACUGAACUGCAUAUGUAAUGUUGGCUUGGUAAGUGAAGUUAUCCCCUUAUUAAAUGGAACUGAAAGGCCUGGUUUGAGCAUGCGACUGGGUGCCAGGAGUUCUAUUCCCAUCUCUGCCACUGGCUCAGUCUGUGGCCUUGGGCAGGUCACUUCACUUCUCUGCUUCAGUUUCUCCAUCUGUAAAGUGGGGACAAUAAUAUUAAUUUACCUACCUCACAGGAGUGUCGUGAGGAUUCAUUAGUUACUAUUAGUAAAUCCCUUUGAGGAUAAGAUGCACUAAAAAUGCAUAUUUGAUGGGGCUGGCCAGGGAGGGCUGAAGGACAGUCCACCAGUGCCGCUCCUAAGUCUGCCAGAGGGUCAUUCUCUCCUCCUCCUCCUCCUCCUGUUCCAGCCGCUAUCAGCUUGGCAGAGAGGCCAAACUGUAGUCCCAAAUGCAAACUUCCUCCAAACACUUGGUCCAAACCUGCUUCUUAGUGGUUAAUAUCAUUUGUGAUGGGGACAGCAUUUCCGAUAUCUUACUGCUUUAAUCCUUUUUUUUUUUUUUUUUUUUAAACGAGCAGUUUCACUCAUGGGUUUUAGGUGAAAAGCUAGACGUUUGGAUGGACACUGAAAUAUUCCAGGUUUAGUCGGAUUUAUUAUUUUGGAACAAUUAGCUAGGCCUUGUCCACAUGAGAGAGUUGGCACAGCUAUAACUUGAGUCGGAUUUUAAAAUGAUGUAGUUGAAAUAGUGCAAAAGUUGGACACUCAUAUUUUGGGUUAAGAGUGGCUUAUUUUCAUUUAGUUAAACCUGCUUCUAAUGGUUUUAAACAAAACUAAAAUAAGUCUCCGGUUUAACUAGAUCACUUUGAAUUCUCACCUAAAAUUAUACCAAUGUAACUUUCUCAUGUAGACAAAGCUUUAAGGCGCUCUUAAACUGAAAUAAGUGUGUUCACACAAGGGGAGUUGCAUCCAUUUAACUGAAUAGGUUGGUACAAGUUUCUUGUGUAAAUUUGGCCCUAGAUUUAUUUAUGUGCAUUUUUAUCUCUCCUGUUCAUUUGUAUUACAGACGUGGAGCAGGAUUUUUCCAACUUAGCACAACAUAUUAAGAAGGUGCAGGAUUCUCUGGGCAAUAAGCAAAAAUCAUGGCAUUUGUUCAGGGACACUCGUGUGGAUGCAAAAUUCUUAAAGAAAUCGGAUUUCAGAGGCCGUAAAGGGUGAGAUUCUGGUCCCUGAUGCACUGGUGUAAAUUUGGAGACCCUCCAUUAACUUCAGUAAACAAUCUAACUAAAAACAAACUUAUCCUAAAAAAGGUACAUUUGGGAAACGAUCCCUGUUUGUUGAGGUCUAAUGACAGUCUCAUAAAAGCAGAAGCUGGAUUUUAAUAAAUAGUGCCAAAGAGUUAAUUGAUGGAUAUCUAAUGAAUAUGUAGUGCACAGCUUAAUGUCUUGUCUGAGCUGUCCUGAGCCGCACCACUGUAGCAGCUGUGGUGUUAAUGUGAGGGAUUAGUGAACACGCCUACGCGGGGACGUGGCAUCUCCUAAAGAGGUUCACAUUAGUCCCCGCAGUAAAUAUAUGUGGGGACAUCCAUCUCUUCUGUAAAUCCGCUGCAGUCAGUGCUGUUACCCCAGAGGUAAAUAUGGCCUGUUCUCCAGACUUGGGUGUAUUUUAUGCCCGGUGACUUUGCUUUCAUUCUGAACUCUCUCUUUAUUUGAGAGACAAACCAUUUUUAGAAUUGCUGCUUAUUGUUGAGGAAGGAGGAGAGAGAGAAGUCCCUCUUGGGCUUUAAGGGGUCAAAAAGGCUAAGGAGGGGCUUGGAUGGAGAGAGCAUGGACGUGGUUAGUUUUCUCCAGCACAGGUUUGUCCUUGUCCAAUGGCUUCUGGACAAGAUGACUUCAUUUGAGUCCGAUGCUGCUGCUGUUUUAAAAUCCCUCCUUGGACAGCAGCCGCCUGAGUGGAUUGUUUGGGGUUUUAGAAAACUAAUUUUUGUUAGAAUUUGUAUUUCUUCAACUUUUUUGUCCUAUGUCCCCACGAGGUAGCUGAAGAUGCACAUAGGUGACUUUUCCCUUUUUGUUUUAGUGGUAGGCUAGAACCAAAUCCAUGAAUCUAAACACGUCUGAACUUCGAGAAGUUUGGAUCCAAGUCCAAACUCGAUGGCUCAGGCCCGUCUCUACUUGGAUUUGGAGGCUGCAGAAAUAGUUUUCCAGUGAGGAUGGACCAUCAACUCCAACUUCCUCUAUUUCGUCACUUUCUGUGAACCUCUUGGGGUUCACCAGUCGCUCCAGCCUGGAGCUGGCAGUUGAUCCUUCUAUAGAAAGGAACAUUUCUGAAGAACUGAAAGAGAUGUACAUAAGCGCUAUAUAAAUAGGUAGAGAAACAUAGGAGAAGAGGUAGAUGUAGACGCACAGAAUUCUGAUAUAUUCGCAUGUAAAGGGGAUGUUGAGGGUGAUGGGUAUGAGGUGGGGUUGGGGGGAAAGUGAGGGAGGGAGAGAAGGGGAUAGAAGCAAUCAGACUCUAGGCAGGAUAUAGGAACAGAGACAGGCAUGGAGCACCCCUCCCAGCUACUCCCCAUUACGAGGGCCUGACCUUCAUUUUGUUCCUCUGUCCCCACAUCAGGACCUGCUUCUUUUUUCCUCUCUAACCAUUGCAAAUAAUUUAAAUCACCGAAUCAUGGAACCAAGAUGGCAGCAAUGGGAUGCAUUCAAGCUAGCCGGCCCAAGGAGCGGAGAGGGGAGCUGCGUGAAAAAGGUGUUUAGCCCAGGCCCUGUCUGGACUGGGAAGGAACUGAGACUUAGCGGAGAGGAGCAGCCUCUUGUACUGGAGCUAAAAGUCAGUGGGCCCUGGGCCCCAUGAGGCACCAGUUUCUAUGGGGUCCACAGAGACCUACAUCUUCACUUGCUGUUUUGGGUCUUGGCCUUGUGUAUGGACUCAAGCGGGGGAGAGGGCCACUGAACGGUGAGCUGGGGAGUGAGCGGGACAAGUCGGUGGCUGCUCAGGCAGUGUCGGUUUCCUCACAGACACAUGAUAGUUUUGAGGCCCAUGAAGUGAUCCCAGCAGGACAGAGUCCCAGGGACAUUGGGCUGAGAUGUGGGCUGAAAGGGUUCUCGCUUGUUUGCUACCUAGCAUCUGAACUGAGGGCGAUUUUGAAGCACGGAACACCCACAGCAUUUACUGUGCAAUCCUCAGAGACCUCAUAACUACAUCUCAGCGUGACCAGGAACAAUAUGUGCAAGAAACUGAUUACUUGUGCCACCAGUCUCUCCGUGUGGCUGCUGGACAGUCGACUGUCAGCGCGGUUUCUCACUUGGCAAUACAAAAUGGCAGCUUAUUUCAGUAUCGGCUCUUAGCAGAGGAGUUGGGUUGGCUUUGCUUCCUGUAGGCUGGCAAGGGCUACACUCUUCCAGCAGGGCUGUGAACUGCCACUGGUGGCCAAGCCAAUGCCCCAGGAGGCCUCAGGAUAUCUUUGAAAGCAGCCUGUCCUGCUUUGUGAUGCAUGCAUGCACGUAUGCAGAUGAAGAUGGUGCGCACGGUCAGGAUCCGUGUGCUUGCGUGAAAAUGGAUGCAUGUCUGUAUGACUAACCCCAGUGUGUGCAUGUGUGGGGGUGAUGUUUGCAGUGUUAGAUAUACUUACACAGUACAAGGAGAAUUGAGACUAUCUUGCUGCCAGCCACACACUAAGAUCUGAAUUUGCUCCCUGUGAUGUGCAUUGGAGUCAUUUGUCAGGAAGUGUGUUGUGGUGGGGGAGGGGUAAUGAAUAAUAGUGCUGUUGUCACUGUUUUGAUGUCCAUUUAAUGGAGAACAAGAGCCGAAUUCUGAUCUUGGUCUGCGUUUACACUAGUGUAACUCCAUUGACUUGACUGGAGUUACUCCAGUCUGUGUGAGAACAGGUUUCCAGGGGUUCAGUAACCAGGUGCAACUCCCAUUGACUUCAGUGAACUUACACUUGCUUAUACCACAUUUCCACAUCUCUGCUUAUGUGGUCUACUGACUAUCUUACAUCCUUGGGUGGAGGGCCUGCAUCUGAGCAGCUCUCAAACUGGACUGCCAAAAUUGCCUGGCACAGGGAGUGCUGUAGACGGGAAGCAUGUAGAUGCCUGGGGAGGAUUAGGAAAGGCAUGUAUAUAAAAAUCCUCUCUCCAACAAAUGCUUUGCUAUGUAGUAUUUAAUGGCACCUCAUUUGUUCUCUGACUUUGUUUUUAAAAACAAACACACAAAAGCCCUCUAAUAUAAAAUCCAUAUUGAUUUUACUCUCUGGUCACUUAUGAGGUGAAGUGGAACCUGCGCUUUUCAGAAACACUUGCUUCUGAGGAGACCGAUGAAAACCUAUUGCUUUUAUUCCUCGAUUUGAGAAAUGUAGCAUUUUCCAUGCCAGAUUGUACCACUGGUCAAUUGAAACUAGUUCCCUCCCAUAGACAUUUAUGCCAGAAACUUCAGGGAAAGAUGAAAACCCCUAUAAAAUGGCCUGUUGUCAAGGGUUUUUAUUUGGGGUGGUGGGGAGGGCGGGGAGUUUGUGUGGCUUUAGAUUAAAAGGCUCGUUACAGCUGAGAAAGCAGCGAUGGCAUUGGUGUGUAAGGCAAUGUGCCCUCAAACUAAACUGGUUUGGCAAGAUUGACACACGUGAGAGAUUUGUGUAAAUUGGAGAGUUAAAUUUAAUUUGCACUAGUUUAUAUACACACACUAUUUCACUUUUGUGGUAGGAAAACAGAUCGCUGUAUGGAAUUACUAGUGUCCACCAGGGAAUGCUCAUAAAGCUUUAUUCUGCUCUCCGAGAAAGGGGCUUGAGGCAGUUAAAUUUGGAUGAGAGCUGGGGAAGCUCGGAAGUGAGUUCAGUUCUUCCCUGCCCUCUCCGCAGGAUACACUCCAUGCGGAGAAUGUUCUUCGUCAGUUUGUUGUUCUGUCCCUAUCAGCUAUUCUUUGAGAUGGGGUCCCCCCCGCCCUCUUGUGUGUUAACCUAAUAGACUCCUCAAUGCCUGUGUGACUGUUCCUUGUCUUUUGUAUGGCAAUAUGUAUCUCACCCAGUUUUGUUGGGUAACCUCAGGACAUGUGCAAUCGAGAGGUCGUGCCCAACCCAAAUGCUAAUGGCUCUGGGAGUUUGAUAAAUUCAUGGCUUAGGACUUUAAAUAGGGAGAGGGAGGUGGGUUGGCCUGGGUCUUGGGGAUUCAGAUGUUGCAAGCAUGCUUUUUGGUGAUAUGUAAGGAUUUUUAAAUUUAAAAAAAAAAAGGGGGGGGUGGAGUAUUCUUGUAAUUCCUGAGUAAUGAGGGGUGGUUCUGCCCGCUUCUUUGCUUCAGGACAGAGUGUAAGAGCUGAUGAACCACUGGCAACCUCUUCUGAGAUCAGGUGGCCUUCAGCUCUCAGGGUCUGGUCCAUUAGCUGCCAGUGCAUUGCACAAUGCAUUGAAAUACCUCCUGAAUGGCUGGAAGCUCUGGGGAGGUAUGGAAUGAGGGACAGGAUGUCACAUAGCUACCACUGUGUAUAGGCAAGCCUGUUUGUGUGAAGGAGCUGGGAAGCCAGGCCCCUUCCGCUUGCUGGUGGGGACCAGGAAUCUCCUUGAUCCUCCUUUCAUUGCAGACAGAGCGAGAUUUGGAGCUAAAAUCUGCCUUCCCAAUGCCCCCGUGCAACCCAAUUCCCCUCUGGAUGUAACCAAGGGGAGGAGAGUUUGGCCCAAGGUUUUGAGUGACCAAAACCAAGGUCUCUCUCAACAAAGCAGGAGGGCUUCUUUUCCGUUCCUCUUGAGGGUACAGGAUAAAGCUCCCUUGAGAAGCCAACAGACCUAUAGGGGCUAUACAUCUCCCUUGGAAAAGUUGAUCCUGGGGCUUGAAACUGCAAGUAUACGUCCCCUGUUGUUUCUGAAACACCAGGCGACAAUGAAACCGACUUGACGGGUCACAGUGUCUGUAUGACCCCAUAAAUACGUGAUCUUUGUGCAUUGAAAAUGGCAUUGUAUAUACAACGAUAUAAAUAUAUAUUUACUUUCUAUUUUAAAGGGGAAGGGAAAUAAAUAAGAAGUAUUUAAAAGAAAGUACUUUAUUAAUAUGCAUCCAAAAUGUCCAGGAGGCUAAAGAGAGAGGCUGUCAGAAGUGGAGAGACUCUAACAGCUGGAGCAAAGGUAGUAUUUUUGAAUUGUGUUGCAUUUAGAGUCCUCCACUUGUUCAUCCAUAUAUAAAUAUAGACGUGUGUGUGUGUGUGUAUAUAUAUAUUUAUAUAUAGUAAAUCACAUAGUUUGCUUUAUUUUUUGUACCCACGCUUAGCUCCGUUUUGAGCAACACAGUGUCUUAAGGUGAUCGUGGGCUUUGUGAUACAACAGAUCUUCUGCGUGGCCCAAACAAAAUGUCCCAGCUGAAGGUGUCCUCUGGAUCAGGUGGGUCCAUUAGGAAUUCAUGUGAUCUUUUACCCUGGCUGGAAGCACAGGGGGUGUUGGGCAACACAGCCGGUUUGGGUGGCUUCCUGUAUGAGCUUCAAAUCGUUCUGUUCCACAUUAGUUCUUGCCAUUCAUGCCUGUGGUGCAGCGUAUCUGUUCUGUGAAGUGCAUUUAAGUUGUCGCUAUAGUAUACUAUCACUUCGGAAUAAAAGGAAAAAUAACGGGGGGGGGGGGGGGCAUGUUUAAAAACCAUAAACCAGAGGAGGUGGGGAAUGGCUGAUGCACAGACGCACCGGGCCACUAUAAACUGGGUGCACAGACCUUGUGGAGUAUUACAGCAUUCGUUUUUGCCAUGUGCGCCUUUUGAAUGGAUAUGCAGGCUUAUGGAGGCCUAUUCUAGGAGGUGUCUUGUGAGAGGAAAGGGAAUCUGCUGCUAAUGUGAAUUAGGACCGACUGCAAUGAGGAGAAGGUGCUUGUAGCUGUAUUUCUGCUUUAGGCAGCGUUUGACGUUUGUUUUUCAGAGAAGUGAAUUUGUACUUUAUUUUUAAAGCUGUUUAUUGGAAAACAAAUGAGCCUUUUUGAUUUAGAUUAAGAAAUCCAAGUCCUUAACACCUCCUGCAAUUACCAUCAGAGUGGGAUAGCUGUGUUUUCACCACCCAGCCGGGCAGCCUCUGCAUUGGAUGAGCUGGCUCUGGAAUGACCUGAGAGGGAAGGUUGGAUUUGGCCAUGUUGAAGAUGAUACUGUUCCAUAGAUCUGUUGUGGGCCCCUUCUGAGCUUCUCCAGAUGUAGUAGGUCUUAGAAAGGGUGUGCCAUUACCUCGUUAUGGUUUCCAUUGGUUACCAAGCCUUGUAGGCCCUCUGUCUUCUAAGAAUGUUUGUUGCCUUUCCAAAACCUGCAGAGAACUCGGCAUCUAAUAACAGGGCAGAUUGGGGCUGGGGGGCAGCUGUAGCUGACAUUUAAAGAGCUAUUUUGUUCAGCACAUUGGACUGGAACAGCUCUCAGCAGCUACAGACUUUGUCCACUGGAGGCCUCCAGCUUUCAGGGGAUCCUCAGUGGAAGCAAGGCUUUAAGUGGAUUUAAUUUUUGUAAGCUUGGGAAUGCCAUGGAGACUUUUGAUGUUUGCAGGGAGUCCCUCAUGUGACCUCUAGACAGACUCAGUUGGGGGCAUAUUGUCUGUAGGUUUCACCCGUAUCGUGGAAUUCAGUUGCCCACUGUAGCAGGGCAUCAUCUCUCUAGGUACUUUAUAUACCUGUUCUAAAAGGAUCGUAGACUUUGAAGCCUCAUUAGGUAUCCUCUGGGACUGCCGUUUCCUGUCCCUCUCACCAGGCUGUCCAAAGCCAAGGUGUCCUGUCUAUGGCACAAGCAGAGAUCAUUUCAGAGGUGUAGUUUUUAGCUCACCACAAUUCCUCUUGGCCAGCAGGGUGAAUUCCAUGAAAUAACACGCAGUUCCUGAAUGAAAACAAAACCCCACUCCCUUCCUACUGGAGUUUUAAAGGGGCAGGACUGAUAACUGCGCUGCAGGUACAAUAGAGUCGACUACUGAAGUUUUUUCAAUUUUUCUUCAAAGCAAUAUUGAACCAAACAAAAAAAACAUGACUCAGAAUUUGGGUGAGAGAGAAGGCAUGUCAAGGCUGAAGGUAAUUUCUGAAUGAUGUGAAAGACUCUGUUUUUUAAACUUAAGGCAAGGAUCCUUACUCUGGGUUUCCAUUGCAUGUUCCCACUGCUGCCUCAUCCCAGAGGCAUGCACAUAGAUUCCACAGGCAGAAAAGAGUAGAAGAUGGAACUGAGAUCUACAGUGCAGUUCAGAAAGACGAGUUUUCACAAUGCUGAAAGAGGGAUUAUCUGUUUGCCAGUUGAGCCAAACAAACUGUGGCUCCAUUGAGGCUAGCAGCAACAGUCCUGUGGUCUUCUCUAAGACCAAGGAUUGGCACCAGACCUUCAGAAAUGUGUGGCCAGGAAUGAGCAGUAGGAAGUCCUGAGUUCUAAUCCUGACUCUGACACUAGUUUCCCAGAGUGCCUUUGGGCUUGUACAGUGGGAACCAACCUUACCUGCUUACCUUGUAAGGUUGAGGAUUAAUGAGCUAAUGUUUGUGCAGAGCUUUGAAGCUGGAAUCUUGGCUUUGAGUAAGUUCUAAGUAUUAUUAUUGUGGACUUGAGGCUUCUAGCUUUUGGCUCAUUCUACCUCUUUUUCUCUUCCUGUCUUUGGGCAUCUGACUCUGUGGGAGUCAGUGGGAGUUUUGCCUUUGACUUCAGUGGGAACAGGCCCUAAAUGAAUAAUGGGGAGACACUUGCUACUGUUCCCAUUAAGCUCUGAGGUCGGAGGCUUGGUCAGAACCCGCAACAUGUCCAGUCUGCGUUUUCUUGGGAAUUGUCUGACUUCGAUAAAGAGAGGCUGAGCAGGUGGCCAGAUAUGGGGCAAAGGGCCUUGCCCUUCACUUGGAACCAGCAGAAAUGUGGCUCCGAGAAGUGGAAGCAUGGACAGGAAUUCUGGGCCUACCUAGCCUGGGCUCUGGCUGUGCUCCUCCCAUCGUUGGCCCCGUAGCCUGACUCACUCACUGAGAGCUGUUCCGACUCCCUUUGAUGUGGCCAUGUAAUUCCCACAGCUGAGUCCACGUAGAACUUUAAAUGUUUGGUCUCUUCCUAUUGGAUUUUGGUCCAAGUGUGUGUUCUUUGUGGGUGACUUUCUCCCCACUCUGCAGAGAAACCAGGCCGGCCAUGAGUUCACGAGCAUGAUCUAAAACCUGAAAGAGGCCAUGUAAAUGCCCAUCCUCUCUCAGGCUGGGUCACUUCACGGAAACGGCUCUGCCAGGGCCACCAGUGGGACAGGCGAGUUGCCUAGGGCAGUGGAAUUUGUAUGUAUUCUUUGUGAUGUUGACCCUGUGGCUAUGAGAGGCAUGCAAGCUCCAGAUGUCACACUGAUCCGUGCUCACGCAGGUUAGGGAGCCUGUUCUGCCCACAUUCCUUCAGUUACUUGUCAUGGGGCAUUCUGGCCUCCAGCUUUGAGAGCCUAGCCAGCAAUAGUCUGGCUGACCUGAAAAGCAAUGGAUUGUGGUCAGAGAAGCCCUUUGUGUCCUCCCCGACCCCAGAUCAUGCCUGGCUUCAGAGGAACUGCCACUGUUGAUGGGGCAGGGAGGGAUGCGUACUUGAGGGAAACAUAAUCACCCUUCUCCUCCAUACUAAAAACUGCUUGCAGUCUUCUCUUUUAUGUAUGGCUUCCCAGCUAGGGGAAGGGAACAAUCAGGAGGAAAAAACAAUGGUGUAAACUGCAAAAUAGACCUCAAAACUCUUCCAUCCCCUUCUUUACCCCAAAGGGGCUGUACGUCAACAAGUAGGUAACCGAGCAAACAGUAAGAAACCCACUGGAGGUGGCCUAAGGGCAAUCUCCAUAUAGAGCAGGCUCCAGUCCCUUUCUCAAUAUCUUACCUUGGGAAAUUUCUUUAGUCCCCAAGAAGGCACUGCGGCAUGGUGGGGCGGUAUUGUGAACCAGCCCAGUAAGCUAUACUGCGCUGCUAUCACCGACUUGUCCAAAAUGCGCCCAGCACACCAAGCUCUGUGCCAGGGCGACCCCAACCGGCGAAAGCAUGAAUGUAACCCGUUCAGGAGGGAUAGGGACACUAAGAAUUCAAGCCCUUCGAAACGGUGCAAUUUCUUUCUUCAGUGUCACCUGUUAGGUUUCUUGAUCUUCUAUUCUUUUUUUUAUAAGGGAGUGUUUCCAGUUACAAGCCAAGAUUUGUUCAGCACCAAUUGCUAAGAGAGCAAAGAAAUACAUGUUAGAUGGCACUGAUAGAUUGAUUAGCAGAAAAUAUGUGAAACACUAACCAGUAAGGACAAGGACUUCCCCAGUCACCUUGUUCUCGGGCUGGGUGGCUUACCAUGCACUUUGAGUGUGGGACACUCAAAUUGUGGUGUUUUUUGUUGGGGGCAGGGGUGUUAGCAGCUUUCUUGUUCCCCCCCCCAUCCCCCUCUAUCCCAGAAAUCACUUACAGAAAAAAUAAUGGUAAAAAGACAUUUACAAAGCACACUUUCUACAGUAAUAUUAUUAACCCUCUUGAUGCCAAAUGCAAACCAACGGCGCCUCGUUUCCAACCUGAUGCGCUAGGGUUCAGGGAAUAAUCUCGGAGACGAGUGUCUGUCCGCUUUCUUUUUUACACCCAAGCCCCGGUGUCCAUCUGUUGUACCCACUUCAGACGUCGUGCACGUUUUUGUCGCGCUUCUUGCAGCAUGAAGCGUUUGGGGGAUUUGCUUUAAAUGGAUGUUCUGGGAACUUGAGGAUUUUUUAAAACCUUAAAAGGACAAAUAAGAGGGAGGGGGAGCGAACACAGUCGAAAAGGUGUUUCAGUAAGGGCCCCGCUUCUGGUGCCCACAGUGAGCCUACAUCUAAGCCCCCUAUAGGAUCAGAAGUAAGGGAGGGUGAGUUUACAGCUUUUCCUGAGCUCUCCUUUGGCUUCCAUCUACCAUGUGGCUGCUUGUUUGGAGUGCUCCAUCCAUCCUCCUGCCCAGAAGCACUUAAAGGGCCAAUCUUACUUUUCAGGUCCCAGUCCCACUCCUGCUUCUGCCCAGUGUUGUUCACAAAGGCCAGUGCAAGGCAUGAGGGCUGCUGACGCAGAAUGGAUCUGGACGGGCUAAUGAUCUUGGGGAUGCCUUUUUCCCCUUCAGUUUGUUCCCUCUAUGGGCUUCACAUACACGUCCUCCCUUCUCCCCCAUGGUCAAUAACUACGUAGGCUUCUUUUUAGAAUGAUCCUGCUCUGGGGCAAGGAUGGAGUGCCUAGCAUUCUUAGUCUCAAAAUUUAAAAAUAGCCAACUUAGGACUUUCUGUAUAACUGUGGACUUUCUGUUUGGAUUUCUCUUGUGGGAAAGCCCUACAGAAUUUUAAUAACAAAUGAUCACCUUUCUAUUGGUCUCUUGAGUCAUCAUAUGGAGUUUAAUAGAAAAUUAUAUCCUUAUAGAAUUCUGUAGGAUAGUUUUGAAACUCCUAUAUAAAGCUUAUCAUUUUUCUAUUCAAUGUGAUAAGUUUUUAGAGUCUGUGGAACCCUGUUAAAUUUCCAUAGGCCCCUAUUGGUUUAAUUCCCUGUUAAACCGGUGGGAUUUUCUUUAGAACGCCAAGUGAUCUUCUGUUGUGUAGGGUCUUUUUUUAUUUCCUUUUUUUUUUAAACUUGCCUAUAUUUACAAAUGACUUUAACCCUUGAAGAGACCAUUCAACCUAGUUUCCAUUUCUUGAAUGUCGAGUAUUACAAUGUAUAACACACAUUAGGGUGCUCUUUGGUGCUGUUUUAAAUGGUAGCCAGUGGGACUGGCUUUUUUAAUAACAAUAGUAAUAAAAGAAACAUUAGUCCCACUGGUUCCUUAAUGUUUGUUGUUGUGGUUUUCUUUCUUUUUUAAUAACAGUUAGUGAUCUGAACUGAACUUCUGUGCUAUUGGUUACUGACAUGUGCACGUCAAACGCUUAGCCGCUCUGUCGGUGUGGUGACCAUGCUGGCGGCGAUUGCAAGUUGGGGUGGCUGUGUAAUAAUUUAACAAUCGUUGGACUUUUUGUUUUCCUUGUGUUUUUAAAUUGCACAGAUGCACACAGCAAAAAUAUUCGACCUGAGCCCGAAUGGCAACUAGAGGGUUAAUUUUUAACUUCAGGUAUGAUUUUCAAGAGAAUAAAAUUAAAAAAAAAAAACAAAAAAAAACAAACAGAACACUAUUUUUUCAGUAAGCUUUUUUUUUCCUGUAAACAAUUUAGAAAUAAAUCCAAGACAUGAUGGUGCUGUACCAAAGCCUUAUACAAAACUUAUUCUGCGCUCUAUAUAAUCUCUCUAUAGCUGUAUAGUUGCUCUCGGCCUCUGUUUUUGUGAAGGUCUGUAAAAUACCAGCAGGGAGCAGUAAAGACUGGGACUUGGCCCUGGAAGUUUAGCCAGCGAUGGUGUUUUGUCACUUGGGAGCCAAGGGCAGGGGGUCUCAUUUCUGCUGUGGGAAGAGAUUGGUCAAAUUUUAUUCAGUCCCUGACUUUGUAACGAGGGGAGGAAAUGGGGAUGCUCUCCCCAACUGGGUGCUAAUCUGUUCUUGGCAGGUAAAUGUAAUCUCCUGGGGGAUCCGGACGACAACUCUCUUUUUUUUUCCCCCUCUCCCAGGAAACUGACUAUGCAGAGAACCCCCAGGAAGCUGAGUGUUUCCCUUUUAAGAGUCUUGAGGGCCCAAUUCAUUUCUCUCACAUUGAUGCACGCUGCUUUUGAUGUCAGUGGAUGUGCCCAGGUGUUACGGAGAAGGGAAUUUGGCACUAGUGGGAAUACAACCAGCUGGUCCUGAGAAAUCUUCCAGCUCAGCCAUUCUGGCACUAUACCUCAUUUGGCUAAAGCAAACACAGACCUUCCAUGGUUCUCUCUGUCAAACAAUGUCUAGCCCCCCAACACUUCCUUUCUUGCCCUAUCCCAAAUGAAGAGCUAACCUGUUUGGCAUUCACUGGAGGCAACUCCUAGUUGCUUCUAGUUUGGUGGCUCUAAGCAAUAAACCCGCUCUGUGUGUCUGCCAAGGAUGUUGGCCCCUUAGGUACCUGGACUACUGCCAAUUUAAAAACAUAGUCUAAUAAACAUUGGAGGAAAAUUAAUUUGAAGCCCUGCCUUAAUGUGACUGGCUUGUCCUUAGACCUUCACUUGCUGGUAUUUUAAGGCCUGCUGAGUACUAAACAACUCAUCACCAGUAACAUUGCAUGUCCAUAGAUGGAUUUUUUUUAAAAUAUACCCAGUUAAGAAAUUAUGGCAGUGUUGCAAUGUUAAAUAAAACUAGCCAUUCUGUAGGAGAAUGAUGGAUUUUGGAAUUGAUAAAGUUUAACAUUUAAUUGCUCCUCAUGUAACAUUACUUUGCUUCAAAAAUGUUUUGUAUUUUGAUAUAAAUAAAUAUUUGCUUAAAAAAUGCUGGCAUA